ACAGCUUUUUUGACUUACGACUUAAUAAUUUUACACUUGUUAUAAGCACUGAAAGUAGUCAUUGCAUGCCUAUCAUGUUCGCUCUUCUGUUGGCAGAACAGGGCAAGUCAAUAAGUCAUGUCUACAGUACUUAGUCGCUACUAGAUAAAUAGGGUUAAUUUACUACAGCGAGGAACGCUUUCGUAUAUUUUAUGAAACCGCAGUAAACGCUGACCAAAAUUACUGUUUACUCUUACCCUCGACGAACGCCUUCGAUAUAGCGUCACCCAUUGGAAAUAGUCCCUUCAGUCCCAUGAAAGUCCCAUGAAAGUCCCAUAACUUAGUUGACAUCAUUGUGACAUUCCGAACAGAUUGUAACCUGAGGGUCUUUUGUGGAGAUCCAUUAAAAAAAAAAGACAAAGACAGCAACAAGAAAAGCAAGGCAAAACGAACUAUUUCCACCUACUAGAGAAGUAGGGUUUAUUACUGCGAAGAACGCUUCCAUACAUUUUAUGAAAGCGCAGUAAACGCUGACCAAAAUUACUGUUUACUCUCACCCUCGACGAACGCCUUCGAUAUAGCGUCUCCCAUUGGAAAUAGUCCCUUCAGUCCCAUGAAAGUCCCAUAAUUUAGUUGACAUCAUUGUGACAUUCUGAACAGAUUGUAAGCUGAGGGUCUUUUGUGGAGAUCGAUUAAAAAAAGAGGACAAAGACAGCAACAAGAACAGCAAGGCAAAACGAACUAAAAUGGCGGAGGAGGAGAUAUAUACUGAGACUUCGAAAAAAUCUGAGAAGGAUGAACUCAUUCCAAGCCAUCCAAGAUCAUCGCCUGGCUCAGGCUGUACGUUCUGGUUGGUGUUUACAGCAGCUGUGAUUGUGUUCGGCUCGUCUUUUCAAUUUGGAUAUGGUACUUCGUGUAUCAAUGCACCAGAGAAGAACAUAAGAAAUUAUUUUCGUGAGAACUCAAGUUUCAGCCAGUUGAUGUGGUCCACUGCUGUGGCAAUUUUUGCAGUUGGAGGAAUGCUAGGAGCUCUCAUUGGUCCUGUUAUAGCUGAUUCCUUGGGCAGUAAACAAACUUUGUUCCUGAACAACCUCCCAGCCAUGGUGGGAUCUUUGAUGAUGUUCUUUUCAUACCAUGCAAAAGCGCCUUUACUACUAAUUAUAGGACGGCUUGUGGUUGGAUUUAAUGGUGGAGUAAAUACGGCUGUGGCACCAGUCUACUUGUCAGAGAUUGCUCCUGUCAAAUUAAGAGGUUCUCUUGGUGUGCUUAAUCAAUUUGGAAUUGUAACUGGAAUUCUUGUGGGAUUUAUAUUUGGACUUACACAGGUAUUUGGCACAGAUAGUCGCUGGCCUUACUCGGUUGGUUUUGGAUUUGUUGUAGCACUACUGCAGGUCUUGACCCUCCCAUUUUGUCCGAGAAGUCCACGUUAUUUGUUACUUAAACUGAACAAAGAACCAGCGACAGUGGAAGCCUUAAGGAUGCUAAGAGGAACAAGCAAUGUGAUGGUAGACAUUGAAGAAAUGAGAAUUGAACAGGAACAUCAGCUAAAAGAAAGGAAGAUCAGUGUCUUUAAAUUAGUUACAAUCCAAGCACUAAGAAUGCCACUACUUAUCAGUGUCAUGUUACAGUUAGGACAGCAGUUGAGUGGAAUCAAUGCAGUGUUUUAUUAUUCAACAUCAAUACUUGAGAAGGCUGGUGUGAAAGAAAGUCGUGUAGCCUCUUGUGCAGUUGGUGUUGUUAGCGUGUUUAUGACUGCUGUCACAGUAAAAACAGUGGAGGUUAUUGGAAGGAGAUCAUUACUGCUUGUAGGAUUUGGAGGAAUGUUUGUAUUUUAUGCUGUGAUGACAAUAUCCUUUCGUUAUGAGAGUUUGUCAGAAAUGAACUAUGUUUCUGUGGUAGCCUUGUUGUUGCUUGUAGUAUUUUUCCAAGUUGGUCCAGGGGCAAUUCCCUGGUUUAUAACAGCGGAGCUGUUCACUCAAGGCUCCAGAGCUGCAGCUGUUAGUAUAGCAGGUACUGCCAAUUGGCUUUCAAACUUUGUGGUUGGACUCAUGUUUCCAUCAAUGCAGGAUGCAUUGUAUCCGUACACCUUCCUUGUGUUUAUGGCACUAGUGGCAUUCUCCUUUGCUUUCACCUUACUUCUCGUUCCGGAGACUAAAGGAAGGACUAUUGAGGAAAUAUCAAGACUCUUUAAGCAUGAGGAUGACGAGGGAAAUACUUGAAGUUUAUGACGCUGAAGUGAUAGCAGAGAAUUGAUGUGCACAACCUUUAAAUGUAUAAUGCUUACAAUGAUUAUGGUUGAUGCACAAGUACAAUAAAUAAUCAUGUCAGAGUUAUUAAAAUUAUUCGUAAGAUAGGUUGGGGAAUUUCUAGUUAAUUUAUUUAUUUAUUUUAUUUAUUUGAGGAUUUGUACCAAGUACUGGAGCAGAAACAAUAGGACAUAGGUCCC